CACAGCGGCUGAGUAUAAAUGUAUUGUCAUUGCUUUAUAUAUAGAGAAUAUUCAAUUUUAUUCUCUAUUGCGAUUGGUGUUUUGGCUGGUUUACGAUGAAAGUGCUCACGCCUUAAUUUUAUGUAAAUAUUAGCCUCAACACAAUUGAAGCCGGUCAGUAACAACGAAAACGAAAUAAGGUUUUGUACAUUUUUAUAAACCGCCGGAACUUGGAUAUUUUAUUUAAACUCAAAUGUUCAACGCUUGCUAAGUAAACUCCAUAUUAUCAAUUGAUGUGUUAUUGUACAACGUCAGCUAUUUCGGUAAAUACAGCUAGGCAAUUAAAUAUGCCAAGACCAUCCCGCGAGUCGUAUGGUGAUCAGAAACCACCUUAUUCAUACAUUUCGUUAACUGCAAUGGCUAUAUGGAGUUCACCGGAAAAAAUGCUGCCACUGAAUGAAAUUUACAAAUUUAUUACUGAUCGUUUUCCUUAUUAUCGAAGAAACACUCAACGGUGGCAGAAUUCAUUGCGACACAACCUUAGUUUCAACGACUGCUUUAUAAAAGUACCUCGCAGGCCAGAUAGGCCAGGCAAAGGGGCAUAUUGGGCAUUGCAUCCACAGGCAUUUGACAUGUUCGAAAAUGGAAGCUUACUUCGCAGAAGAAAGCGCUUUAAAUUACACAAGAAUGACAAAGAUAUACUAAAUGAAGAGUUAGCAGCCCUCGCAAAUCUGAACAGAUUUUUUUUUAAUUCAAACUGUUCCGGCAGUAAACUCUCGGAACCUGUAGGAGUAAUUGAUGCCACAGCACACCUGGUACAUAACGCUAACUUUUAUAUGACAGAUGUCCCCACAUUAAAAGUGUUUAAUAUCAGAUCAUCGCCAAAUUCUAUUAUCUCAACCGAGAAUGAUGUUAGUCGCGUUGAUGAUGUUUCGGUAUCAAUGUUGCCAUCGUGUUCGCCGAAGCAUUUUUCAAGUUCAAGUGGAAAUUUUAGCACAAAUUCAUUGCAAUUCACCCCUUGUAGACCAAAGAGACCAUUUACAAUUGAAAGUUUAAUAACACCUGACGAACUAAAAUCCAACAAACGUAUUGAUUGUUAUAGUAAAGAAAUUCACGAUAUGGAAGAUCUUGUUAAGAUGUAUGGCGAUGAAGUGCCAGAACCACAAGUAGCCCAAAUUAACAUAGCUUCACCUGCAAAAUAUAACGAAAUUAAAAGAAUAAACAAUGAAAAAUUAUAUGCGCCUCUUCCGCCAAUGCAUACCAUAACAACUGCUUCCAGUCUUUCGUUACUUCAAUACACGACUGGAGUUAAUGGAAGAAGUUCCCAAUUGCCACAUUCCGCCAAUAUUCACUUGUUUGAUUUACCUGUUCCUAACUCUAUUUUGGCGGUGCCUAAUGCGCUGAGCAAUUUGCAUCACAGCUACAAUUCUGAACACAAUUUACAUAUUCCACACAUUCUUCAUCAUUCAGCAGGUAUUCUUCAACGUAUAUCUCCUUCCGCAAUUUAAAUAUUAUAA